GCGAACACGGUUUUGUCGUGCGUAUCAUACUGUGGCUCAUAACUUACCACACCAGCUCAGUCGGUCCUCGUUCCUUCUUACGAGACGGGCUUCAUUCCCCGCACUUGACCGGAGGGGAAGCGGGGAGCGCAGCGAUAGUCACUGGCGCACGGCGACCCGGGCGCAGCCCCGCGGCGGCGGAGCCCCCUGCGGCCCGCCCGGCCUCCCGUCGAGGCCGCAGGCAGCGCUGCGCCUCCGCCCGGCGUCCCGGCCGCCGCCGGGCCCCGCUCACCGCCGCGCCCACCCCCGGGGUCCGCCAGGCGCGUGCGGCGGGCCCAGGGCCCAGCGCCCAGGGCGGGAGCCUGCGGCGACGCCCGGAGCGCCCACGGCUGGCGCGACACGCGCCCGGGAGCAGCCGGUCGGCGCCGGCCCGGCCGCGGCCCGCGGGCCGGCGACGCGCAGUGAGCGCCCCGUGGCUCAGGAAAAAUACAGAGGUGUAUUCCCAAGCUGACUGUUCAUGGCACACGCAGUUAGAGAGUGCUCAUUUGCACUUAUUCUUCUUAUCAUGUUGCUGUUGGUUGAAGCAAAAAUAGAUGUGUGCAAGAGAGGAGAUGUAACUGUGAAGCCUUCCCAUGUAAUUUCACUUGGAUCAACUGUGAAUAUUUCAUGCUCUUUGAAGCCCAAACAAGGCUGUUCACAGUAUUCUAGUUUUAACAGGUUAAUCCUCUACAAGUUUGACAGAAGAAUCAAUUUUCUACAUGGUCACUUCCUCAGUUCUCAAAUCACAGGACUUCCCCUGGGUACAACUCUGUUUGUCUGCAAAUUGGCCUGUAGCAAUAGUGACGAGAUUCGAGUAUGUGGGGCUGAGAUCUCAGUUGGUGUUGUUCCAGAACAGCCUCAAAACUUAUCUUGUAUACAGAAGGGAGAACGUGGGACCAUGACCUGCACCUGGGACAGAGGACAAGACACCCACCUAUAUACUGCAUAUACUUUACAGUUAAAUGGACCAAACAAUUUAACUUGGCAGAAGCAAUGUAAUGAUCGUUACUGUGACCAUUUGGACCUUGGAAUCAACAUAACCCCUGAAUCACUGGAAUCCAGUUACACAGCCGAGGUUACUGCUACCAAUAGUCUUGGAAGUGCUUCUUCAUUUCUAUCUACAUUCACAUUUUUGGACAUAGUGAGACCUCUUCCUCCAUGGGACAUCAGAAUCAGAUUUGUAAAUGCUUCUGUGAGCAGAUGUACUCUUCAGUGGAGAGAUGAGGGGCUGGUGCGGCUUAAUCGACUGAGAUACCGGCCCAACAACAGCAGGUCCUGGAAUACGGUUAAUGCUACAAAUGCCAAAGGAAGACAUGAUUUUCUGGAUCUGAAGCCAUUUACAGAAUAUGAAUUUCAGAUUUCCUCUAAGCUGCAUCUUCAUAAAGGUAGUUGGAGUGAUUGGAGUGAACCACUGAGAGCACAAACACCAGAAGAAGAACCCACUGGGAUGUUAGAUGUCUGGUAUACGAGAAAGCACAUUGACUACAAGAGACAACAGAUUUCUCUCUUCUGGAAGAAUCUGAGUUUAUCAGAGGCAAGAGGAAAAAUCCUCCACUAUCUGGUGACCUUGCAAGAGGAGGCAGCAGGGAAAGCCACACUACAAAACAUCACUGAACAUGCCUCCUGGACAUGGGUCAUUCCUAGAACUGGAAACUGGGCUGUGGCUGUGGAGGCAGCUAAUUCAAAGGGCAAUUCCCUGCCCACUCGUAUUAACAUAACAGACCUGUGUGGGGCAGGGUUGUUGGCUCCUCGCCAGGUCUCUGCAAACUCUGAGGGGAUGGACAACAUUCUGGUGACAUGGGAACCUCCUGGAAAAGCUGCCCCGGCUGUCCAGGAGUAUGUGGUAGAAUGGAGAGAACUUCACUCUGGGGGCAGCAUGCAGCCCCCUCUAAACUGGCUGCGGAGUCCCCCCUACAAUGUGUCUGCUCUGAUUUCAGAGAACAUAAACCCCUACAUCUGUUAUGAAAUCUCCGUGUAUGCACUGUCAGGGCACCAGGGAGGAUGCAGCUCUAUCCAGGGUAACUCUGAGCACAAAGCACCACUGAGUGGCCCCAAUAUUAAUGCCAUCUUAGAGGAAAAGGGGAACAUUUUAAUUUCAUGGGAUGAAAUUCCAGCCCAGGAGCAAAGGGGCUGCAUCCUCCAUUACAGGAUAUAUUGGAAGGAACGGAACUCCAGUUCCCAGCCUCAACUUUGUGAAAUUCCCUAUAGGGUCUCCCCAAAUUCACAUCCAAUAAACAGCCUACAGCCCAAAGUGACAUACAUCCUGUGGAUGACAGCUCUGACAGCUGCUGGUGAAAGUCCCCAUGGAAAUGAGAGAGAAUUUUGUCUACAAGGUAAAGGCAGUUGGGGCGCAUUUGCGGCACCAAGCAUUUGCACUGCUGUCAUCGUGGUGGGUGUUCUUUUCUCAAGGUGUUAUGUCCGGCAAAAGGUAUUUGUUCUCUUUUCAGCCCUCAGACCUCAGUGGUGUAGCAAAGAAAUUCCAGACCCGGCAAACAGCACUUGGGCCAAGAAAUAUCCCACUGUGGAGGAGAAGACACAGCUGCCCUUGGACAGGCUCCUGACAGACUGGGCCACUCCUGAAGAACCCGAGACCCUGGUCAUCAACGAAGUCCUUCACCAAGUAACCCCUAUCUUCAGACAUCCCCAUCACCCCAACUGGCCAGAAAAGGGACGAGGAGUCCAAGGUCAUUAUACCUCUGAGGAAGACAUUCGUUACAAUGCCUCAAGCCCCCCACCUCCAAGACCUCUCACAGCAGAGACAGGACAACUAGUGGAUCUAUACAAGGUUCUAGGGAACAGAACUCCUGACUCAAAGUCAGGGCACCCAGCCAGCCCCUUGGUUGUCCUCCCAGUGGACUAUGUUCCCACCCACGGAGGCUAUUUACCCACCAACACAGAUUAUCUUCCUUCACAUGAAGCUUCUAUAGCCGACCAUCUGGAAGAACUGGAGCCUCAGCACAUCUCUCUCUCAGUUUUUCCCUCAAGUUCCCUUCACCCCUUCUCCUGUGGCAAGAAACUGACUCUGGAUCGGUUAAAGAUGGGGAGCAGCUCCCUAAUGCCGUGAAUGGUAAUGCUUGAUGCUUGAAAAGCCAGUGUGCCCUCAACCAGCACAAACUGCCCCAUCUAUCCAGUCCCCGUGCCAGUGAUCAUCACCUCUGGGUGCUAUCAUCAGGUCUGGUUAACAGCUAAAGGGCAAACAGCUCAGAAUGAAUCUUGGUAACUGAGUUAGCUGUAACCCAGAUACCCCACCUUGCCUUCUCCA